AUGUUUUUUGAAACUCGUAAAUUUCUACUAUUAUUCGUUGGAAUUAUGAUAGGAAUUAUUGUUAUCUCGCUGAAACCUAGAUAUGAAAAUAAAGUUAUUCUAUGUAAAAAUGAUGAAUCCAGAAAAAAACAUGCUGAUUUACAUCCAAAGAUAAGAAAACAAUAUAAAAUCCAAUCAAAUAAAGCGGUCGAACAAACUUACUUAAUGAAUAUAGAAGAAGCUAAAAAAUUACAUUUAUCUAUUCGUAUAUUAUGUUACAUUAAUACAAUGCCGAAAACACAUAGAACCAAAGCUAUUUAUGUUAAAAAUAGUUGGGCAAACGAAUUACCAACAAUUAAGUUAAAUUUAAGUUAUCCAGAAAGUCGUCAACAUUUAUGGAGUAAAAUGCGAGCAAUUCUUCGUUAUGUCUAUCAAUAUCGAAAUGAUUAUGAUUAUUUUUUAAAAGCAGAUGAUGAUACUUUUGUAAUCAUGGAAAAUUUAAGAUCUAUUUUACAUCAGCAUAAUCCUAAAGAUCCAUUUAUGAUUGGUUAUAAUUUUCCUUACCUUACAAAAAAUGGUUAUUUCUCUGGAGGUGCAGGUUAUGUCCUCUCACAAGAAGCAUUAAAGCGUAUUGUUGAACAAGCUAUUGACAAGCAUCCAAGUUGUCCGACGUACGAUGAAGACAAAGAAGAUGUGAAAUUAAGUAUGUGUGGUCAACCAGUCGGUGUAAAACUAUAUCAUAUGGUUGAUUUAAAUGGGACCUUUCCAUUCACGUGGCGAAGAGAACAAAGAAAUUAUUAUCUUUUCCAAUGGCGCAGUCUCGAAGGUGAAUUUCUUAGCUUAGUUUAUCCGAAGAAACACGCUAAAAAUUCUAAAUCUCCAGCAACUACAUCAAAAACGGCUGAUCAUCUUCAUGAUCCAAGUGAUUUACUCAGUGAUCACUUGAUUAGUUUGCAUUAUAUUCAACCAUUCUACAUGUAUUUACUGGAAUUUGUUUUAUAUCACUUGAGACCAAUUCAGGAAAUGGAUUAUUUGAAUGCAUAA